AUGGGGAAUUGCUGCUCCGACGGUACUGCCGGUCAAUCGGCGGUCGGAGGAACCAUUUGCACUUCGGCUGGGAACGACGCCGUCGAUGCCUUCCUCAGGUCUCGCGGUUAUAGUGGACUUUUCUCUCAGAUCGAGCUGUCUCUAGCUGCAGCAAACUUGCGUGAUCGAGAUGUGCUGUCCAAGAGUGAUCCUAUGGCUGUUCUUUACAUCAAAGGAAGUGAUGGUUUACUGCAAGAGCUUGACCGCACUGAAGUCGUCUUAAACUCAUUGAACCCCAAGUGGAUUAGAAAAUAUAUUGUUACUUACCAAUUUGAGAUGGUGCAGAAUUUGGUGUUCCGCAUCUAUGAUGUUGACACUGAGUUCCACAAUAUGGAUGUUAAGGCACUUAAGCUGGAGGAACAGCAGUUUCUUGGUGAGGCUACUUGUACACUAUCUGAGAUAGUCACAAAAUCAAGCCGGACAUUAACGUUAGAUCUUGGACAUGGAGACGGUUCUUUCCCAACCCAUAGUCAAAAAUUUGGACAGCUUACAGUUUAUGCUGAAGAAAGUGUAGCAUCAAAGACCACAGCGGAGUUGAUAUUGAGAUGUGCAGACCUGGAGGCGAGGGACUUGUUCUCGAAAAGUGAUCCAUUUCUGGUAAUAUCAAAAAUCACCGAGAAUGGCCUGUUAGUUCCAGUUUCCAAAACUGAAGUCCUGAAAAAUGAUCACAAUCCCAGAUGGAAACCAAUUUUCUUGAGUGUUCAGCAAGUAGGAAGCAAGGACAGUCCACUGAUGAUCGAGUGUUUUAACUUCAAUAGUAAUGGAAAACAUGAUUUAUUGGGUAAAGUUCAGAAAUCACUGGCAGGGUUAGAGAAACUUCAUUCUGUUGCAACAGGAGAGAGUUUGUUUAUCCCAGUUUCAGUUGGGCAAAGUCACGAAAACAAGGUCUUGAAGAGUCAGUUGUUCGUCGACAAAUACUUAGAGAACACCCAACAUUCAUUCCUUGAUUACUUGGCUGGAGGCUAUGAGCUGAAUUUCAUGGUUGCUAUUGAUUUCACUGCUUCAAAUGGUAACCCCCGGCUACCUGACUCGUUGCACUAUAUUGAUCCAUCAGGACGGCUAAAUGCAUAUCAGAGAGCCAUUUUAGAGGUUGGAGGCGUGUUGCAGUUCUAUGAUUCUGACAAGAAAUUUCCAGCUUGGGGCUUUGGAGCGCGGCCAAUUGAUGGUCCGGUAUCCCAUUGCUUCAAUUUGAAUGGGAGCAGUAACUAUUGUGAAGUUGAGGGGAUUCAUGGAAUUAUGAUGGCAUAUACGAGUGCCCUGUUUAAUGUCUCAUUAGCUGGACCAACAUUAUUCGGACAUGUAGUCACCAACGCUGCACAGAUAGCUAGUGCAUCUGUGGCAAGAAAUGAAAGGAAGUAUUUUAUUUUGUUGAUUAUUACGGAUGGAGUGAUAACAGACCUCCAGGAAACAAAGGAUGCUUUUGUUAUGGCAUCCGAUCUUCCACUGUCUAUACUCAUUGUUGGGGUUGGAGGAGCCGACUUUAAAGAAAUGGAGAUAUUAGACGCGGAUAAAGGAGAUAGACUUGAAAGUUCAACCGGACGUAUCGCUUCACGAGAUAUAGUCCAGUUUGUUCCUUUCCGAGAUGUACAAAGUGGAGAAAUCUCUGUCGUUCAAUCUUUGCUGGCAGAACUACCUUCCCAGUUUUUGACGUAUGUGCGAGCAAGAGGUAUUGGUCCAAAAGCAUAA